AUGUCUAGUCAGGAAACAUAUGAAUUCCAAGCUGAGAUCACUCAGUUGAUGAGUUUGAUCAUCAACACAGUAUACUCCAACAAGGAGAUCUUUUUGAGAGAAUUGAUCUCGAACGCCUCCGAUGCGUUGGACAAAAUUAGAUACCAGGCUUUGUCUGACCCAAAGCAGCUCGACAGUGAACAAGAGUUGUUCAUUAGAAUUACUCCAAGACCUGAAGAAAAAGUGCUCGAGAUCAGAGACUCCGGUAUCGGUAUGACCAAGGCCGAUUUGAUCAACAACUUGGGUACGAUCGCCAAGUCUGGUACCAAGGCUUUCAUGGAAGCGCUUUCUGCCGGUGCUGACGUAUCGAUGAUCGGUCAAUUCGGUGUCGGUUUCUACUCGCUGUUCUUGGUCGCUGACAAAGUUCAGGUCAUUUCCAAGCACAACGACGACGAACAGUACAUCUGGGAGUCCAAUGCCGGUGGCUCUUUCACCGUUACUUUGGACGAACAAAACGAAAGAAUCGGAAGAGGUUCCGUGUUGAGACUGUUCUUGAAGGAAGACCAGCUCGAAUACCUAGAGGAAAAGAAGAUCAAAGAGGUUGUCAAGAGACACUCUGAGUUUGUUGCUUACCCAAUUCAAUUGUUGGUGACCAAGGAAAUCGAGAAGGAUGUCCCAAUUCCUGAGGAGGAAAAGAAGGAGGAAACCGAGUCUGAAGACAAGAAGCCUAAGUUGGAAGAAGUCGACGAGGACGAGGACUCCGAGAAGAAGCCCGAAACCAAGAAGGUUAAGGAAACCGUGGAAGAACUAGAGGAGCUAAACAAAACCAAGCCAUUGUGGACCAGAAAUCCAUCCGACGUUUCCCAAGAAGAAUACAAUGCUUUCUACAAGUCCAUCUCCAACGACUGGGAAGACCCAUUGGCCGUCAAGCACUUUUCCGUUGAAGGUCAACUAGAGUUCAGAGCCAUCUUAUUCGUUCCAAAGAGAGCCCCUAUGGACUUGUUCGAGUCUAAAAAGAAGAAGACCAACAUCAAGCUUUAUGUUCGUCGUGUUUUCAUCACUGAUGAAGCUGAAGAGCUAAUUCCAGAAUGGUUGAGCUUUGUUAGAGGUGUUGUUGACUCUGAAGAUCUCCCAUUGAACUUGUCCAGAGAAAUGUUGCAGCAAAACAAGAUCAUGAAGGUCAUCAGAAAGAACAUCGUUAAGAAGUUGAUCGAGACUUUCAACGAAAUCGCUGAAGACUCCGAGCAAUUCGAGAAGUUUUACUCUGCUUUCUCCAAGAACUUGAAGCUAGGUAUCCACGAAGACACUCAAAACAGAACCGCUUUGGCCAAGCUAUUGCGUUACAACUCCACCAAGUCUAUUGACGAGCUAACUUCGCUAACUGACUACAUUACCAGAAUGCCAGAACACCAAAAGAACAUUUACUUCAUUACCGGUGAAUCUAUGAAGGCCGUUGAAAAAUCGCCAUUCUUGGAUGCUUUGAAGGCUAAGAACUUCGAAGUUUUGUUCUUGGUUGACCCAAUCGAUGAAUAUGCCUUCACUCAAUUGAAGGAAUUCGAAGGUAAGCAAUUGGUCGACAUCACCAAGGACUUCGAACUAGAAGAAACCGAAGAAGAAAAGGCCAAGAGAGAAGAAGAAGCUAAGGAAUACGAAUCAUUGGCUACUGCCCUUAAGGAAAUCUUGGGUGAACAAGUGGAGAAGGUUGUUGUCUCCCAAAAAUUGGUUGACGCUCCAGCUGCUAUCAGAACUGGUCAAUUCGGCUGGUCCGCUAAUAUGGAAAGAAUCAUGAAGGCUCAGGCUUUGAGAGAUUCUUCCAUGUCCUCUUACAUGUCGUCCAAGAAGAUUUUCGAAAUCUCUCCAAGAUCUCCAAUCAUCAGAGAGCUGAAGAAGAGAGUUGAGGAGAACGGUGCUCAAGACAGAACUGUCAAGGACUUGACUACUUUGUUGUACGAAACCGCCUUGUUGACCUCUGGUUUCACAUUGGAAGAACCAGCUUCUUUCGCCACCAGAAUUAACAGAUUGAUUUCGUUGGGUUUGAACGUCGAAGAAGUUGAGGAAGAGGAUGCCUCUGCCGAGACCGCCACCGAAGCCCCAGUUGAGGAAGUCACUGCUGAGACUGAAAUGGAAGAAGUUGAUUAA